CCAGCCCCAGCCCCAGCCCCAGCCAGCUGCACGGGGCCAGGCACCACGGAUGCAGAGGCUGCCUCUGGCUCCGCUAGGGACGCGCCAGGCGAACAGCAGGUGGCAACCUUGGGUUCCUCUUAAGCUACCGUUGAGGUCAGUUCAGCGAGGCGGCCGGCGGGAGGCGGGAGGCGGGAGGCGGAGCCAGCGAGUCGGCCCGCCCCUCGCCCAGAACCCGGCAGGGCGCCGGGCGUGGGGCACCUAGCAACUGCACCUCGCGCUGGGCUGACUUUCGUGGCCGGCCUGAGCUCUUAGCGAGGCCCUGCCCCGCAACUAGGAGCCACAGAUACGUCGGUGCUGGGAGAGCCCUUCUGAUGCAUUUAGCAUCUUCCUAACUUUGCCGAAGCCCAUUAUGAGGUCUCCCACGGCUGUUGAGUUUCUUCUACUCAGGAGCACUUGUAACUAGCGUAGCCUCAACAGUGGGAAAAGGUCCGAUCCGCAUGCAGCCUGGAUAUGGAGAGCAGCUGUUAGACAUUCUUGACCGAGGCCCAGAGGGCAAACAGCUAAACGUAGCGGUGGCAGCGCCCCGCCGGAGCUAGGACCCAGGGCCCCGCUCCGCCGAGAGCCGCGUCACCAGAACCCCGCCCCCGGUCGGCGUCUCAGCUGAGCGACCGCAGGUUCCCAGCCCGCCCCGCGCCCCCCGGUGCGCACUCUCAGUCCGGUCCUCCCGCCCGGGCCGGUGUGCUCGCGCGGGGAAACUGAGGCAGGGAGCGUGCCUGUGAACUCGAUCCUUCCUCAGUCCGCACCCCACGGCCCGCGAGGCUGCCGCGCCCUCUUGAGACCCGCAUGGGACAACAGGGAAGGACAGGAGGAAGGGGAGGGGGCCAAAACCCAGCAGGGUCUGUGGAGUCGGCCGGUCCUGCCACACUCAAGAUGGCGGCGCGGCAGCGGCGAGGUCCCUCAGAGGCGGUACCAGCGCAUGCGCAGCGCGGAGUCCCGGCCCGGGACACAAGAUGGCGGCAGCGGCGCUGGGGAGGGCGAGGCGGAGGCGGCAAAACGGGAGGUCGAGCAGAACGUGUAGCCGCGUCCCCUCGAGUCCGCUCCGGGCAGUUGCUGAUGCAAGGAAUUCCCUGAGCCCCCGUCCACUCCACUGCUGACCAGCCCACCCACCUGUGCUGAACCUCCUGCAGAACUCCCCCCCUGCCUCUGUGGGACCCUGUGACGUGGGGGCCCAUCCAGUCGGAGAAGAAAACCCUCUCAUGCUAGCGUUGCAGACCCCAGAGGGUCCGGUGUGGGUGCUGAGAUGGCCAAUGAGAAUCACGGCAGCCCCCGAGAGGAGGCGUCCCUGCUGAGUCACUCCCCGGGCACCUCCAAUCAGAACCAGCCCUGUUCUCCAAAGCCCAUCCGCCUGGUGCAGGACCUCCCAGAGGAGCUGGUGCAUGCAGGCUGGGAGAAGUGCUGGAGCCGGAGGGAGAACCGUCCCUACUACUUCAACAGAUUCACCAACCAGUCCCUAUGGGAGAUGCCUGUGCUGGGCCAACAUGACGUGAUUUCGGACCCUUUGGGACUGAAUGCGACUCCACUGCCCCAAGACUCAAGCUUGGUGGACACCCCCCCGGCUGAGAACAAGCCCCGAAAGCGACAGCUUUCAGAAGAGCAGCCAAGCGGCAAUGGUGUGAAGAAGCCCAAGAUUGAAAUCCCUGUGACACCCACAGGCCCAUCGGUGCCUAGCUCUCCCAGUAUCCCAGGAACCCCAACAUUGAAGAUGUGGGGGACAUCCCCUGAAGAUAAACAGCAGGCAGCUCUCCUCCGACCCACUGAGGUGUACUGGGACCUGGACAUCCAGACCAACGCUGUCAUCAAGCACCGGGGGCCAUCAGAGGUGCUGCCCCCACACCCUGAGGUGGAGCUGCUUCGCUCCCAGCUCAUCCUCAAGCUUCGGCAGCACUACCGGGAGCUGUGCCAGCAGCGAGAGGGCAUCGAGCCCCCUCGAGAAUCUUUCAACCGUUGGAUGCUGGAGCGCAAGGUCGUGGAUAAAGGCUCUGAUCCCCUGUUGCCGAGCAACUGUGAACCAGUUGUGUCACCUUCCAUGUUUCGAGAAAUCAUGAAUGACAUUCCCAUCAGGUUAUCCCGAAUCAAGUUCCGGGAGGAAGCCAAGCGCCUGCUCUUCAAGUACGCAGAGGCUGCUCGGCGGCUCAUUGAAUCCAGGAGUGCAUCCCCUGACAGCAGGAAGGUGGUCAAAUGGAAUGUGGAGGACACGUUCAGCUGGCUGCGGAAGGACCACUCGGCAUCUAAGGAGGACUAUAUGGACCGCCUGGAGCAUCUGCGGAGGCAGUGUGGCCCCCACGUCUCAGCCGCAGCUAAGGACUCUGUGGAGGGCAUCUGUAGUAAGAUCUAUCACAUCUCCCUGGAGUAUGUCAAGCGGAUCCGAGAGAAGCACCUUGCCAUCCUCAAGGAAAACAACAUCCCAGAGGAGGUGGAGGCCCCAGAAGUGGAGCCUCGCCUGGUGUACUGUUACCCAGUACGGCUGGCCGUGUCUGCACCCCCUAUGCCCAGUGUGGAGAUGCACAUGGAGAAUAACGUGGUCUGCAUCCGGUACAAGGGAGAGAUGGUCAAGGUCAGCCGCAACUACUUCAGCAAGCUGUGGCUGCUUUACCGCUAUAGCUGCAUUGACGACUCUGCCUUUGAGAGGUUCCUGCCUCGAGUCUGGUGUCUUCUGCGGCGGUACCAGAUGAUGUUUGGCGUGGGCCUCUACGAGGGGACAGGCCUGCAGGGAUCGCUGCCCGUGCACGUCUUUGAGGCCCUCCACCGACUCUUCAGCGUCAGCUUUGAGUGCUUUGCCUCACCCCUCAACUGCUACUUUCGCCAGUACUGCUCUGCCUUCCCGGACACUGAUGGCUACUUCGGCUCCCGCGGGCCCUGCCUGGAUUUCUCCCCGCUGAGUGGUUCCUUUGAGGCCAACCCUCCAUUCUGCGAGGAGCUCAUGGAUGCCAUGGUCUCUCACUUCGAGAAACUUCUCGAGAGCUCACCAGAGCCCCUGUCCUUCAUCGUGUUCAUCCCCGAGUGGCGAGAACCCCCCACACCGGCGCUCACCCGCAUGGAACAGAGCCGCUUCAAACGCCACCAGCUGGUCCUGCCUGCCUUCGAGCACGAGUACCGCAGUGGCUCCCAGCACGUCUGCAAGAAGGAAGAAAUGCACUACAAGGCCGUCCACAACACGGCCGUGCUCUUCCUGCAGAACGACCCUGGCUUUGCCAAGUGGGGGCCGACACCAGAGCGGCUACAGGAGCUGAGUACCGCCUACCGGCAGUCAGGCCGCAGCCACGGCUCCAGCUCCUCUUCCUCUGAGAACAAGGACCGGGACUCGGGCCGCGAACAGGGCCCUAGCCGCGAGCCUCACCCCACUUAACACAUCCUGCAGGGAGGAGGAGCCCCAGGGUGCUGGUAUGGACUGCUGGGACUCAGGCCUCUCGGGGCUGAGCAGACCCCAGGACCCUCCCCCUGAGGUGGCUGCAGGACUCAGGCUGCCAGGUCAUAGGAAGAUUAUGGCUCUGCCAGGGCUCCCCCUCCCUGCCCGAUCCCCCAACUCCUCACCUCAAACUCACUCCAACUCCUGUGUAAAUAGGUCCCAUCCCUGCCCUUCCAGUCCCUACCAUCUUAUUGCCAUCUUGUUUCAUUUGUAAAAGGAAAUACAGAACCCUGCCCUCCCCA